GAAUCACCCGCUUCUCCUGCUUCACCAGCGGGUCGCUUCAUCCAACUACCGCGCGGCUUCUCAUCUCAUCUCACGUCUCCGCUCUCACCAACUCCGGCUCCGGCCGCGUAUAAGUAACCCCGACCCCCGCUGCGCUCCGACCCAGGAGACACCGCGCCCGCCACCACCAGACGCACGCACCGCCUCCUCCGCUACCCGAUCGAUCCAAGUAACCCUAGCGCUAGAUUAAACCGUGUCCUCGAUCGCCGCCGCUGCAUUCCGUUUCCGCAAUGGCGCUCUCCACCAACGCCGCCGCCGCCGCCGCCGCCAUCUCCGGCGGGUCCGCGUCCGCGUCGCAGCCGGCCCGUCGCACGCCCUCGUCUCUCCUCCCGCUGACGCGCCGCCGCCGCGCCGUCGUCCGCGCCGUGCACGCCGCGGAGCCGUCGAAGAACCCCGGCGUCGUCGUCCCGGCCGCCGCCAAGGCCUCGUCGCCGACGACGGUCGCGCCUGAGAACGACGCGGCCCCUGCUCCGGCCCCGGCCCGUGCGCCGGCGAAGUGGGCGGUGGACAGCUGGAGGACGAAGAAAGCGCUACAGCUGCCGGAGUAUCCGAACCCGGCAGAGCUAGAGGCGGUGCUCAAGACCAUCGAGGCGUUCCCACCCAUCGUCUUCGCUGGGGAGGCGCGCCACCUGGAAGAGCGCCUCGCCGACGCCGCCAUGGGACGCGCCUUCCUCCUCCAGGGCGGCGACUGCGCUGAGAGCUUCAAGGAGUUCAACAGCAACAACAUCCGCGACACCUUCCGCGUCCUCCUGCAGAUGUCCGCCGUUCUCAUGUUCGGCGCCCAGAUGCCCGUCGUCAAGGUUGGUAGGAUGGCCGGCCAAUUCGCGAAGCCAAGGUCGGAUCCGUUCGAGGUUAGAGAUGGCGUCAAGCUGCCCAGCUACCGGGGCGAUAACAUUAAUGGCGAGGCAUUCGACGAGAAGAGCCGUGUCCCCGACCCACAGAGGAUGAUCCGCGCGUAUGCGCAGUCUGCCGCAACGCUGAACUUGCUCCGCGCCUUCGCCACCGGAGGCUACGCUGCCAUGCAGCGCGUCACGCAGUGGAACCUCGAUUUCACCGAACACAGCGAGCAGGGCGACAGGUACCGUGAAUUGGCACAUCGGGUUGAUGAAGCCCUUGGCUUCAUGUCUGCAGCUGGCCUAACACCGGACCACCCUUUGACGACGACCACUGAGUUCUGGACCUCACAUGAGUGCCUCCUCCUACCUUACGAGCAAGCUUUAACCCGUCAAGACUCCACCUCUGGUCUUUUCUACGAUUGCUCUGCCCACAUGCUCUGGGUUGGUGAGCGCACUCGCCAGCUUGAUGGCGCCCAUGUUGAGUUCCUCAGGGGUAUUGCCAACCCUCUUGGCAUCAAGGUAAGUGACAAAAUGAACCCCAGCGACUUGGUGAAGCUGAUUGAUAUACUGAACCCAACAAACAAGCCCGGGAGGAUCACCGUUAUUACAAGGAUGGGGGCAGAGAACAUGAGGGUGAAGUUACCUCACCUUAUCCGUGCGGUCCGCCAGGCUGGACAAAUUGUCACCUGGAUCACUGACCCGAUGCACGGCAACACCAUCAAGGCUCCUUGUGGUCUAAAGACUCGUCCAUUUGACAAUAUUCUGGCUGAGGUACGGGCCUUCUUUGAUGUGCACGAGCAAGAGGGGAGCCACCCUGGAGGUGUCCACCUUGAGAUGACUGGGCAAAACGUAACUGAAUGCAUUGGCGGGUCACGCACCGUGACCUUCGAUGACCUGAGCGACCGCUACCACACCCACUGUGACCCCAGGCUGAACGCGUCCCAGUCUCUGGAGCUCGCGUUCAUUAUCGCCGAGAGGCUGAGGAAGAGGAGGAUCCGGUCAUCGUCCGGGCUCAACAACAUCUUGCCCUUGCCGCCUUUUGGUUUCUGAUGAAUCGGUAGACGGGGCCAGAAGAAGGAGAGAUGUGUGCAUGUAUUCCAUUCGUUGGUGUUAUGCUCUUGGUAAAAAAUCAUAUGCCCUGAGCUUAGUAGUGCACGCUGGGGAGGAGCUGCUUGAAUUUUUAUCGUUUGCCUUGGUAAAUACUACUGCUAUGUAAUGCUAUGACUGCAUUCGUCGACACUAAGUUUUCUAUAUAUUUAUAUAUCUUGUAUGUAUAAGAGAAUAAUACUGCCAUGUAGAAGAGUUGGCUUUGUGAAUAA